AGACACGCCGGCUUUUGGACACACACACACUCAUACAAACACACACAUACACAUAGACAUACACACAGGAUCUGUUCCUCCAAACAAAGACACUCUUUGAUCAUUUUAGUCAAGGUAUAGACUUUUAAACUGCAGCUGCAUUGUUACAUAUAAACUAUUGUAUACUGUAGGUCUUUACUAAUGGAUGAAUGUAUUCUUAUUAUUUAAAGGUCAAAAAAAAUCUGUGCAUUUCUUUUUUGCUGAGAAUUUCUAAAAAGUGAACAGCCAAGUCAGAGAAGACUUUUUUUUUUUUUUUUUUACUUUCUUCACCAGACAUAUCUUGAAGAACGGAUUUCCUAAAUCCAAACCUCCAGAAGGUCAUGAUGAAUGAGCACAGCUUGGCCAUCGAUUUGCUGCUGAUCUGCAUGUCUUGUGGAGCAGCAAGUGUCCUUGCAACAUUUAAUUCCACCGUCUCGGCUCCACCAUCCACCAGUUUCUCUGACAACAACUUCAAAUAUCACAUGGACCAUGUGAACCUUCCAAAAAACAGGCGGAAGAGGUACAUUUCCCAAGACGACCGGCUGGCCAUCCUCGAUUACCACAACAAAGUCAGAGGAAACGUUUUUCCACCAGCAUCCAACAUGGAACACAUGGUCUGGGAUGAAACCCUUGCUAAGAGAGCAGAAGAGUGGGCUUCUAUGUGUCUUUGGGAACACGGCCCUCGCAGUCUUCUCAGAUUCCUCGGGCAAAAUCUUUCUGUACGAACUGGAAGGUACAGAUCCAUCCUGCAGCUGGUGAAGCCAUGGUAUGAUGAAGUGAAAGAUUAUUCUUUCCCCUAUCCACGAGACUGCAAUCCCAGAUGCCCUCUUAAAUGUUACGGGCCCAUGUGUACACAUUACACACAAAUGGUUUGGGCCACUUCAAAUAAAGUUGGAUGUGCCAUCCAUACGUGUCACAAUAUGAACGUGUGGGGCUCAGUUUGGAGGAGAGCAACGUAUUUGGUGUGCAACUAUUCAGGAAAGGGUAAUUGGAUUGGUGAAGCUCCCUAUAAAGUGGGCGUGCCCUGCUCAAUGUGCCCUCCCAGCUACGGCGGCUCGUGCAGUAACAACAUGUGUGUUCCUGCUGUCAACUCAAACUACCUGCACUGGUUUAAAUAAGCACGCACACACGCACACACGCACACACACACACACACACACACACACACACACACACACACACACACAUUUUUGAGUGUUUAUAUCCCCCUGGGAAGCUUUGCACAACAUUCCUAAUUUGUAUAUAUUGAUCUAUUUAAAUAUACUGUAUAACCAUGGUUUCCUUCUUUUUUAUGUUUCAAUGAUAAGUCUCUAAAUUAUUUUGUUUAUACAUAUCUAUACUAGGUACAAAGAUGGCAUAAAAGACGUGAUCAUGCGAUUAUGUUUGCUGCGAUUAAAUUUGAAAUACAAAACAGCACAAUGUACUAAUGUCCAGUCAGUCAAUUGCUGUGCAAAUAUUUUGAGCUAUUCACCAUUUCUUCAUAUUUUGUUUCCAGCAAGCCAGACGUUCUUGUAGUUUUUCCUGUAUUCUUGAGAAAUAGUUCUCCAGGCUUCCUGAAGAAUUUUUUGGCUCUCAUUUGUUGCACCUGAGCAGUUUCUGAGGAUUUUGUUCGGUUUUCUUAAGCCACACAGUGACCUACGAAUCAUUCAAGCAUAUAAUAAUUUUUUAUUUUAAGCCAUGAACCAGUGUAGAUGAUCAGGCCAGUGAUUGGUAUCCUGUACAUGUACAUUACAACAUUUGGCAGAUGCCCUUAUCCAAAGCGACUUAAUAAGAUACUCUUAUCUCAUUAUACAAUACAUUGGAGCAAUUGAGGCCUUGUUGGGGGGGGGGGCGUUGUUGGGGGGUUUGAACCUGUGGUCUUUAGAUCAGUCGGUCAAUGCUUUAACCACUGUGUUCCCCAUGCCACCAGUAUACUGGCGAUGCUAAACACUAAGCGGUUGGAACAGACGAGAGGGGCAACAAGGUUGCUGCCGAGGUUAUUACAUAAGCAUUUUCCCGUUUCUUUCUUUUAAUUUACAUAGUUUAAUUUAUUAUAUGACAUGAUGAAAUGACAGGUGGGCUCAAGUUUUGCUGUACAAAACAUCUUCUUAUCAUAUGACCCACCUCUAAUGUUAGGCAUAAAUCAUGAAUGAAUUUUAAGGGAACUAAGAUUAUACGCAUCAUCACUUAUUUUUAAUACCUUUUUUUCACUGCAGUUAAAUUUGAUCCAGUAUUAGCCAGUGUGUUUUGUUUUGGAUCAUGUAAACCAGUUGUGUAAAUCUGGUUCAAUGUAGUGAUAUUGUAUUGUUGAAAUUAGCACAAUAGGCCAAAAAUCUAACACUAAAAGAAACUAAAGAACCCUAGACUUUUGUCAUGUUGUAUACUCAGCUAUACUUACAGUUUUCAGUGUUUAGGUUAAGAGUAUGUUCCAGUUUAGCAAUCUAUUAAAUCAUUUACAUAUUUUUGACAAAGACUUUAAAAACAAUGGUAGCAACAUUUUUUUUUUGCAGUGCGCCGUUAAUUUGCUUGUUGAGUGUAUGAAUUACACCCCUAUAAGUGCAAUCUGAUCUUUAAGUCUAACUGCCUUUGAAUUCAACCUAUUUAUCAGCUGAAAUAAACUGUAAAUAGAUAUUUUUUGUAUAAUAGUUAUGAAUUAAUAUUGUUUGUAUUUAAGUGUAAUUUCUGAUGUAUUUGUGUUGUCCAUCUAUAGCACUCUGAGAUGAAUAAUUUUGAACAUGAGCAAAUAAAAAUAAAAAAGGCUGUCGAUUUGCUCUUUAAUACAUACACUUCAAAUAAAGACAGCGUUUGUUCUUCCCACUAAACUGCCCUUUGUUUUGUAUUUGUAUUUUGUACUUCUGAAUAAAGACUG